AUGGUUCUGGUCACGGAGUUGCCUCCGGAGAUCAUCCACAACGUCUUCCGCUUCGUGGACCCGCCCGAUCUCGCAUGGAUUCCUCGUGUUUGCAAGUCCUUCCACUAUGCUAUUAGGGGCAACCCCAUGCUAUUCAAGGAUGUGUAUACCGCACACUUUGAUAACCCCCCGCGUGACGACGUUGAUUGGGAACAGAUCCUAAAGGACGUCGUGCGGCUGCAGGUUGUGUGCCGCCGUCCAGGGGUCGAGGAUAAGAGAGACGAGCUGUCGUUUGUCUAUGAGACGGUGAACCAGUUCCUCAAGAAUGCCUCGUCGCAGGGGGAAAGGGCCAGCAACUCGGCGACGCACGCCCUGUCGCGCAACGCGGCAUUGCUCACCGAGCUGUUCAGCGACCCCAGGAACCAGAACGCCUUUCUGGAACGUUCGUUCAUCUACGAGCGCGCGCGCGGCGAGCUGCCGCCGCAUGCGUCCUUUUCCUCUCCACCCAAGGUGGAGCACCAGCAGAGUGCGAAGCUUCACUGCCUGUACGGCGUGCCGCUGCUGCACUUACACCGGAGCUCGCACGACACGCGGCAAGGCAAGAUGUCCCCCUUCGCCUGCUCCAAGGUCUACGACCUGAGGCAGUAUACCGCGAAGACUCGGUGGGGCCCGUUCAUGGACGACGGCUCGGAUAGAACGGACUGGGAGAAGGUCGAGGCUAUCAUGUUAGUCCUGGGAGCCAACCUCAGUCGUUUGGGACUUAAUGUCUUCCCCAUCUGCAAAAACUUCUGGGACGUCCCCUUUGCUGGGGUAUGGCCUAAUUCGUAUAUGCCCCUCCCGGUUCUGGAGCGUGAGAAGGACGAAAAUGAGCUUGAGGACCCGUAUGGCGUUACAGGGACUUGGUUGAGGGUUGUUUGCUUUCUGGACUAUACGGACUUUUUCAAUUUCAACUUUAACCCGGAGAAUGAGUUGCCGUCAAACAUCCCCCGCAGGGCUAUCCACUAUGGCGAGGCGACCAGGCUGAUCCUCAUGAAGAUAUCCGUGACAAAGGUCGAGCCGCCAGGACCGGAAGAUGGCCAAGCAUUACCGGUGGUUCAUUUCAAGGGCAUCUCCCGGUCGCUGGACGACAGCUGGGACGAGAACGCAAAUUCGGAUCUCCGAGGUACGGUCGAAAUCAAAGGAACUGUGAGGUUAACAAGAGAGGGCGAGGUCCGGUGGACGACCUUCUCCGUAUUCAACGGGCAAGAGAGGUGGCGGAGCGAGAGCGUUCAGAUCGGCGGCGUCAAGAGUGCCAAAGGUGUGGUGGGCCACUGGUUCGACAAAGAUUACGAUCCACGCGGCCCUGCUGGUCCGACUGCCUUCUGGAAGACGUCGGACAAGGUUACCCACGGGUCUCAUGAGCACCAGGCCUUCCUGGACGAGUACCAAGAGAUUGAGCUCGCAGAUGCCGACUACGACCCGGAGCAGGACGAGGGUGUUGAGGACGAUGUCGACGACGACGUUGAGAUUGAGCUUUUCCUCGGCCCUGAGGUGGAUCUUGCCCAUAUUCUACACAGCCAUGAGCUCUGA